AUGGAAGAUAAAUUGCAGCAUCUACGCCAACUGGAGUCCGAAGCACGACUAGGAGGAGGCGAAGCGAGGAUAGAAAAGCAGCACGCUAAAAAUAAAUUGACGGCACGCGAACGUGUGCACUUGCUUUUUGAUGACAACACCUUCGAAGAAAUUGGUAUGCUUGUCACACAUCGAUCAUCAGAUUUCGGGAUGGAGAAUCAAAAGUUUUUGGGCGAUGGCGUUGUUACAGGUUAUGGUAAGAUUAAUGGACGAUUAACCUAUGUGUUCUCCCAAGAUUUUACCGUUUUCGGAGGAUCACUAUCCGAGACACAUGCCGAAAAAAUUUGUAAAGUCAUGGAUUUGGCUGUUCAAAACGGGGCGCCAAUUGUUGGGUUAAAUGAUUCUGGUGGCGCAAGGAUACAAGAAGGCGUCAACUCCCUUGGUGGCUAUGCCGAUAUAUUCUAUCGCAACGUGCGCACGAGUGGCGUCAUACCUCAAAUCAGUGCCAUCAUGGGGCCAUGUGCUGGUGGAGCUGUCUAUUCUCCUGCCUUGACUGAUAUUACAAUUAUGGUCAAGCAUUCGAGUUAUAUGUUCGUGACUGGACCUAAUGUUGUCAAGACAGUCACAAAUGAAGAAGUGAGUGCCGAAGAAUUGGGUGGGGCAUCUGCACAUUCGACUAAAAGUGGAAUCGCACAUCUCGCCGCUGAGCACGACUUGCAUUGCAUACAAAUGAUAAGGCAGAUUCUCGAAUACCUUCCUCAAAACUAUAAAGAGAAACCACUUCAAAAGUCGAUUGAUCUCACGGAUGAAAUCAGACCAAAAUUAGAUAGCAUCAUUCCCCAAAGCGCUAACCAACCGUACGACAUGAAAGAUGUCAUUUCGGAGUUGGUCGAUGCGGAUUCUUUCAUGGAAUUGCAACCUGAUUUUGCCGAUAAUAUUCUUACUGGUUUUUCAUUCAUAGGCGGCCGUAGUGUAGGUAUCGUCGCCAACCAACCAUAUAGUUUGGCCGGUGUGCUCGAUGUCAACUCGUCUAGAAAGGCCGCUCGAUUUGUCCGUCUAUGCGAUUCGUUUAAUGUUCCAUUACUCGUUUUGGUUGAUGUACCUGGCUUCUUACCUGGUACAGAUCAAGAAUGGAAUGGCAUUAUUGUCCAUGGAGCAAAGCUAUUAUAUGCGCUAUCUGAGGCGACUGUUCCAAGAGUUACAGUGAUUACUCGCAAGGCCUAUGGCGGAGCUUAUGAUGUCAUGAAUAGUAAACACAUCGGUGCUGACAUGAAUUACGCAUGGCCAUCAGCCGAAAUUGCCGUGAUGGGGGCAAAAGGAGCUAGUGAGAUCAUCUUCAAACGAGAAAUUAAAGAAAAAGAAAAGGAAUACGCUGAAAAGUUUGCUCAUCCCUAUCGUGCUGCUAGUCGAGGCUUCAUCGAUGAAGUCAUCGCGCCAUCUGAGACGCGCCGCAAGCUAAUUUUGGUGUUCGAUAUGCUCAAGAACAAAGAGUCUGAGCUUCCUUCUAAGAAACAUGGGAAUAUUCCGCUGUAG